AUGAGGCUCUUUCUUGUUUCCUACCUAAUAGCGCAGAUGGCCUGUGCUGCUAUUAGCCACACUUUCAAUGGCUUCACUAUUACAGAGCAUCCGGAUCCAGUCCGGCGUGCCGAAACGCAGAAAUACGUUACAUGGGAUGAACAUUCCUUGUUUAUAGAUGGGGAGAGAAUCAUGCUAUUCAGUGGUGAAUUUCAUCCAUACAGGCUCCCCGUACCCAGCUUGUGGCUCGAUGUUUUCCAGAAAAUUAAAGCCCUAGGAUUCAAUUGUGUCUCAUUCUACGUGGACUGGGCCUUGGUUGAAGGUAAACCGGGGGAGUAUAGAGCCGAGGGCAUUUUUGCUCUCGAACCCUUCUUCGAAGCAGCGGCUCAGGCUGGUAUCUAUCUUCUUGCUCGUCCUGGCCCUUAUAUCAAUGCCGAAGUCUCUGGUGGUGGUUUUCCUGGAUGGUUACAGAGGGUGAAUGCCACUCUGCGGACAAGUGAUCCAGCCUACUUGGCUGCCACUGAUAACUAUAUUGCUAACGUCGCGGCUACCAUUUCCAAAGCCCAAAUUACGAACGGUGGUCCAGUUAUUCUCUACCAGCCUGAAAAUGAGUAUACCAAUGCCUGCUGCGGUGCAGACUUCCCGGAUGGAAGCUACAUGCAGUACGUGAUAGACCAAGCUAGGAAAGCCGGAAUCGUUGUACCUAUGAUUAGCAAUGAUGCCUCGCCCAGUGGACACAAUGUCCCAGAAUCUGGUAUUGGCGCAGUCGAUGUCUACGGACAUGAUAGUUAUCCUCUUGGAUUCGACUGUGCAAACCCAACUGUGUGGCCGGCUGGUAACUUACCUACAAAUUUCCGCGAACUGCAUCUACAGCAAAGCCCGUCAACCCCGUAUUCGAUAGUUGAGUUCCAAGCCGGGGCCUUUGACCCAUGGGGAGGACCAGGGUUUGAUAAAUGCGCGGCGCUCCUUAAUCACGAGUUUGAGAGGGUCUUCUAUAAGAAUGACUUUAGCUUUGGAGUUUCAUUUCUCAACUUGUACAUGAUAUUCGGCGGCACAAAUUGGGGAAACCUCGGCCACCCUGGAGGAUAUACCUCUUAUGACUACGGCUCAGCGAUUACCGAGUCUCGCAAUGUUACUCGCGAGAAAUAUAGCGAACUCAAACUUAUAGGCAAUUUUGCCAAAGUUUCGCCGUCAUACCUUACUGCCACUCCUGGGAACGCAUCCACGUCCAUCUAUGCGGAUACUCCUAACCUAACUGUGACUCCUCUGAUUGGAAAUGGGAAUGGCUCCGCCUCCUAUUUCGUGGUCAGACACUCGGACUAUGCUAGCCAGGCAUCGACCAACUACAAGCUCACAAUUCCCACUAGUGCUGGCAACCUAACAGUCCCGCAAAUUGAAGAAAAGCAGUUAACUCUCAAUGGCCGCGACUCGAAAAUACACGUUGUUGACUACAAAGUGUUCGGGACUAAUAUCCUCUACUCUACCGCAGAAGUCUUCACCUGGAAAAACUUCGCAGGAGGCAAGGUUCUCGUCCUGUAUGGUGGAAACGGCGAGUAUCAUGAACUAGCAGUGUCAUCUGGGUCAGAUAUCUCGGUCAUUGAAGGAUCAACGUCGGAUAUUGCCCAACAGUCUACGGGUGAUGCUAUCAUUAUUGGUUGGGAUGUCUCUUCUACUCGUCGCAUCGUCCAGGUAGACGACCUGAGAAUAUUCCUUCUCAGUAAGAAUGCUGCAUAUGACUACUGGGUCCCAGAACUCCCUGCCGCGGGAACGUUACCGGGCUUCAGCACUCAGGAGAAGACCGCCUCGUCUAUCAUCGUCAAAGCUGGAUAUCUUGUGCGUACGGCAUAUCUACAAGGCAGCAAUCUUCACAUCACGGCAGAUUUCAACGCGACGACACCUAUUGAAGUGAUCGGGGCGCCUGAAAACGCUAAGAAUUUAUGUAUAAAUGGCCAAAAGGUCCGGCAUUCAGUUGACCACAACGGAAUCUGGGUGAGCAAUGUUGAUUUCUCUCCACCAGAAAUCAACCUUCCCAGAUUGCAAGACCUGGACUGGAAGUAUUUGGAUACGCUACCUGAAAUCCAGCCGACGUACGAUGACUCCACCUGGACUGCUGCAGACCGCAAGACAACGAAUAACACCGAUCAUCCUCUCAGCACUCCGACAUCGCUUUAUUCGUCAGACUAUGGGUUUCAUACAGGCUACCUGAUCUACCGUGGCCAUUUUAUAGCGGGUGAUCAAUUGCCAGUCUUUUAUAUUCAGACACAAGGUGGCACAGCCUUUGGAAGCUCAGUGUGGUUAGACGAUGGGUGGAUUGGAUCCAUGGGAGAUGAUGGGUCCAGUAAUAGUAACGGGACCUACCGGCUGCCCACUCUCACUGACGGGAAGCCGCACGUUUUUACUGUUGUCAUUGAUAAUAUGGGUCUCGAUGAGGACUGGACCGUCGGCUCUGAAACCAUGAAAAACCCUCGUGGCAUUCUGAAUUAUGAGCUCCCAGAGGGGAAAUCAUACAACGCUACGCCAAUCUCGUGGAAGCUUACUGGUAAUCUUGGGGGCGAGGAUUACAUCGACAAGGUCCGAGGACCCCUUAACGAAGGAGGACUUUACGCAGAACGCCAAGGCUUCCACCAGCCUGAACCCCCAAGCAGCAACUGGCAGUCAUCAAGCCCCUUUCAGGGACUGUCGACGCCAGGUAUUGGGUUCUACAGCACCAGCUUCGAUCUUGACAUCCCCUCCGGUUGGGACGUGCCACUAUAUUUCACCUUCAUGAAUGCCAGUUCUUCACCUGCGUACCGUGUGCAGCUCUAUGUGAACGGGUACCAAUUUGGCAAGUAUGUAAACAAUAUUGGUCCGCAGACAAGCUUCCCUGUUCCUGAGGGCAUCUUGAAUUACCGCGGGAAGAAUUGGGUUGCGUUGACUCUUUGGGCAAUGCAAGACGGGGGUGCGAAGUUGGAUGGUUUUGAAUUGGUAUAUGGGACGCCGGUGAAGACUGCCCUUACUGGCAUCGAGCCCGUUGAGCAGCCAAAGUAUGUGCUGCGAGAGGGAGCAUAUUGAUCGAUGUUCGGGCUCAGAAGCUUGAUGGUUGUGAUGGCUCUUGCGUUGGGGUCGGGGCAUAGGCCGUUGAUGCACAGAUACCCCAUCAAAGAACAUUUGGAUUAAUCUAAUCAAUGCAAGACAAGUGGGACAUGCAGAUCCCGUCAGGAACACUAAUUAACUAUGAUGCUGACGUAGAGUCGAUUGUAGGCGCUUGAGCAUGCACGAUGUCCCAGCCUCCGCAAUUUCCACUCCGUAAUGAGUAUAGAAUUGCCAAGUGCUAGUUGCUUUCUGAUGCAUUUCAUUUAAUGGAAUAGAUUUAAAAUAAAGCUGAAAAUAAAAGCAUCGUGGGCAGCC